UGGGCUGGGCGCGGGGCUUCUCUGGUUGCCGGGGAGAACCCACGACAACAAAAGGCGCGGGCGGCGGCGGCGCGGCAGAGUUUAGCGGAGGAGCCCUGCGCUGCGCUCGCCGCCGGUGGCCUGGGCUUUCUCGAGCCGGAGUCCAGAUCUUAAGUAAAAUGGAUGUUUCUCACACUAGAUACUGAAUAUUAAGUAGAAAAAAAUAAUCUAUUUUGUAAAAUCUAAGCUGCCAUGGAAGAAAUACCCAUCAAAGUUGCUGUAAGAAUUAGACCUCUGCUGUGCAAAGAAGUUCUUCAUAAUCAUCAAGUUUGUGUGAGAGUUAUCCCGAGCACCCAGCAAAUUAUCAUUGGGAGAGAUAGGGUCUUUACUUUUGACUUUGUUUUUGGCAAAAAUUCUACACAAGAUGAAGUUUAUAUCACGUGUAUAAAGCCGCUUGUGUUGUCACUCAUUGAGGGCUAUAAUGCCACUGUUUUUGCCUAUGGACAGACUGGAUCUGGGAAGACAUACACCAUUGGAGGAGGCCAUGUUGCUUCUGUUGUGGAGGGUCAAAAAGGUAUUAUUCCUCGUGCUAUCCAAGAAAUAUUUCAAAACAUCUUUGAUAAUCCUAGCAUUGACUUUAAUAUAAAAGUGUCUUACAUAGAAGUGUACAAGGAAGACCUAAGAGAUCUGCUAGAAUUGGAGACAUCUGUGAAAGAGCUUCACAUCAGAGAAGAUGAAAAAGGAAACACAGUGAUCGUUGGAGCCAAAGAAUGCCAGGUGGAGAGCGCAGAUGAGGUGAUCAGCCUGCUGGAGAUGGGGAAUGCAGCCAGGCACACGGGCACCACCCAGAUGAACGAGCACUCCAGCAGGUCACACGCCAUUUUUACUAUCAGCCUUUGUCAAGUGGAGAAAAACAUUGAGGCAACUGAAGAUGGAUCUUGGUAUUCCCGCCGGAACAUAGUUUCAAAGUUCCACUUCGUAGAUUUGGCAGGAUCAGAAAGGGCAACCAAAACAGGGAACACUGGCGAACGCUUCAAAGAAUCAAUUCAAAUCAACAGUGGCCUACUGGCUUUAGGAAAUGUCAUCAGCGCUCUCGGGGACCCACGCAGGAAGAGCUCACAUAUCCCCUACAGGGAUGCGAAAAUUACCCGACUUCUCAAAGAUUCCCUUGGAGGCAGUGCCAAGACUGUUAUGAUCACUUGUGUUAGCCCAUCCUCCGCAGACUUUGACGAGUCCUUAAAUUCCCUCAAAUAUGCCAACAGGGCACGCAACAUUAGAAACAAACCCACCUUGAACUUCAGCCCUGAGUCAGACCGCAUGGACGAAAUGGAAUUUGAGAUCAAGUUGCUUCGAGAAGCUCUGCAAAGCCAGCAGGCUAGUAGCGUCAGUCAAACUAACCAAACCCGAGAGGGGACGCCCGAUAAAAUCAGGAUUCAUUCCCUGGAGGAGCAAGUCGCCCAGCUACAAGGAGAAUGCCUGGGCUACCAAAAUUGUAUAGAGGAAGCCUUCACCUUCCUGGUAGACUUGAAAGAUGCUGUCAGAUUGAGCCAAAAACAGCAACACAAACUGCAGGAGUGGUGUAACAUGACCCAGGAGAUCAGGAAGGCAAUCCUCACUUCAUUCCGAGGAAACAGAGGCACUGUUAACAGCGAGGAAGAGCCACAGCAUAUUACCAUUCUGCAACUGAAGAGAGAGCUUAAAAAAUGCCAGUGUGCUCUGGCUGCUGAUGAAGUAGUAUUUAAUCAGAAGGAACUGGAGUUGAAGGAACUAAAGAAUCAAGUGCAAGUGAUGGUACAAGAAAAUAAAGGACAUGCUCUAUCUUUGAAAGAAGCGCAAAAAGUGAACAGAUUGCAGAAUGAAAAAAUAAUAGAACAACAACUUCUUGUGGAUCAACUGAGUCAAGAACUAAGCAAAUUUAACCUGUCAAUGACUUCUUCAGCUAAGGACACUUGUGGAGAUGGGCCAGAUGCCAGAAAAUUUGAAAAGAGACCAUAUACUGUUCCAUUUGAUACUCGUCUGGGGCAUUAUAUUUAUAUCCCAGCAAGACCAGAUUCCAGAAAGGUCUACACAAGUCCUUCUGUAUGCUCCCUGGAUCGAGUAGUUGCUGGAUUUCGGACACGAAGUCAGAUGCUUCUUUGUCACAUAGAAGAACAGGAUGAAGUCCUUCACUGCCAGUUUUCUGAUAACAGUGAUGAGGAAGGAUCAGAAGGCCAAGAGAAAUCUGAAAUUAGCUGUAGAAGUCACUCAUGGAGUCAAAAACCAGACUCUGUUUGUUCUCUUGUUGAAUUGAAUAAUAUUCAGGAUCAAACACAAGAGCCAAGUAUGGUGAAUGAAGAUUUAAAAAUAGAAUGUCUCCAGGAGAGUCAACAGUCGAAUUUGCAAAAAUUAAGGCAUUCAGAACUCAUACUUACUGAAGCUAAGCAAAAAAUGAGAGAACUUACAAUCAAUAUCAAGAUGAAGGAAGAUCUGAUUAAAGAAUUAAUAAAAACAGGUAAUGAUGCCAAGUCUGUAAGCAAACAGUAUUCUCUGAAGGUAACAAAACUUGAGCAUGAAGCAGAACAAGCCAAAGUGGAAUUGUCUGAAACACAGAAGCAGCUGGAGGAACUAGAAAACAAAGAUCUUUCUGAUAUUGCUUUGAAAGUAAAGUUACAAAAGGAGUUUCGUAAAAAAAUGGAUGCUGCAAAGCUAAGAGUCCAGGUCUUACAGAAGAAGCAACAAAAUAGCAAGAAAUUGGCAUCCCUGUCAAUUCAAAAUGAAAAACGAGCCAAUGAACUAGAGCAGAAUGUCGACCACAUGAAAUAUCAAAAGGUACAACUACAAAAAAGACUUCGAGAAGAAAACGAAAAAAGGAAGCAUCUGGAUGCAGAAAUUAAGCGGGAUCAACAAAAAAUCAAACAACUCCAGUUAAAAACAGGAAAGGAAGGAGAUUUGAAACUGAAGGAUGAGGACUUUGAUGCUCUCAAGAUGAAAAGGAGAAAAGGUUCAUUUGGAAGUAUAGACCAACUUCAGAAAUUGGACGAGAAAAAAAAAUGGUUAGAUGAAGAAGUAGAGAAGGUUCUGAACCAGCGCCAAGAAUUAGAGCAACUGGAAGAAGACUUAAAGAAGCGGGAGGCAAUACUUUCUAAGAAGGAGGCCCUGAUGCAGGAGAAGAGCCACCUGGAAAAUAAGAAAUUAAGAUCUAGUCAGGCCCUAAGUACGGAUAGUUUGAAAAUAGCAACUCGCCUGAGCUUGUUGGAUCAAGAGUUAUCUGAAAAGAAUAUGCAGCUUCAGAGCAGCACUGCUGAGGAGAAAAUAAAGAUUUCAGAACAAGUUCAAACCCUCCAGAAAGAAAAGGAUCUGCUACAGAGACGAAGAAACAGUGUGGAUGAGAAACUUAAAAAUGGUAGCGUCUUAUCACCUGAAGAAGAAAAUGUUCUUUUCCAAAUUGAAGAAGGGAUUGAAGCUUUGGAAGCUGCAAUUGAAUACAAGAAUGAAAGCAUUCAGAGUCGCCAGAACUCACUCAGAGCUUCAUUCCAGAACCUUUCUCACAGUGAAGCAGACAUAUUGGAAAAACUCAUUCGCCUCAGUCCUGUCGAGAUCCGAGCUAUACUCUUACGCUAUUUCAAUAAGGUGGUUAAUUUACGAGAUGCUGAACGGAAACUACAGUUACAAAAUGAAGAAAUCGAGAUGAAAGUUGAGGAAAAGGAUAAUAUCAUUCGUGAAUUGGAAUCUGCACUGGAACAUCUGAAAUCACAGUGUGACCAGAGACUGACCCUCCAGCAAAAGGAACAUGAGCAAAAACUGCAGCUACUGCUACACCAUUUCAAAGAACAAGAUGGUGAUGGAAUUAUGGAAACUUUAGGAACAUAUGAAGAUAAAAUUCAGCAAUUGGAAAAAGAUCUUUAUUUCUAUAAGAAAACCAGCAGAGAUCUUAAGAAGAAACUUAAAGAACUGGUAGGGGAAGCAACAUGGCGGCCAACAGUACCGUCUGAAUAUCAUGAUGCUGGAGACAGAGUCUUGAACCCAGAAGAAGCAGGAAUGGUUGCUGAAGAAUUAAAAUGGGCAUCCAGAACUGAAAGUAUGAAGUUAAGUGGAAGCGAAAGAAAAUUAGACUCUCCAACAAGCAGCUUUAAAAUACAGUCAAGUGUACAGAAGUUCUGUGAAGGGCCAGAACUAUCUCCCAUGUAUAGCUCUUUAGCCCCCACUAGUGGACAUUUGUUAAACAAUGAGGAUAAAAGAGCAACAGAUGAAAUUCCAUUUAUAACCCCCCACAGUCAACCUUCAUUCCAAAUUCAACCAGUGGGAAAUAUGGGACAGCUUCGUGGUGUCAUGCCUGUGAAGGUGUGUCGCAAAGAAUUACGUCAAAUCUCUGCCCUGGAGCUAUCAUUACGACGUUCCAGUCUUGGAGUUGGAGUUGGAUCUAUGACUGCUGACUCCAUUGAAGUAGCUAGGAAACCUAGUGACUUGAAAAUUUAAGAGUCCAGUAACUUUUCCCUUAGUAGAUGUGUAGAAAAAGUUCCUUUUCCUAACUUGUUAAACUAAAGCUUAAACUCACUAGCUUUCCUUUCAGGAUAAAGGAGUAAGGGGAGGAAGGAAUCCCUAAUCCUUUUGUGCACUCUAGAUAGCUAUAUUUUCUAUGUUAUAUUUGGAGAGCUUUAAUUUACAUUUACAAUAUAACCAAGGAAAGAUGUUUUUCAAUACUAUUAAGUAAUAGAACAUUUAAAUAUUUCCACUUACAAAUUUGCUUUAGUUUUAUUCUAGGUAAUAUUUGAAAAAAUGAACUAAGACACCCAUCAAAUACAUAUUAUUAUGUAAUGUAGAAAUGUAAAGCAUAUAGUAUUAUAAAAUAUGUUCUGGGUCAACAAAAUAGCUCACUUGGGUAGUGUGCUACUUUACCAUGUGAAUGAACCAGGUUUGAACCUGGCCCCCAUCACAUUGAAAGAAACUUUGGUGCUGUGCUCUCUUUCACUCUUUUUCUCUGCUUCUGUCUCUAUCUCACAAAAGUUAUAAUAACAACCUCUUACCAACUUAAAUUAUGGUUAUUCUGAAAUAUAAUUAACCUUAGAAGAGCUUAGAUUUGAAUAGCACUGUUUUUGCUCUAUGGGCUCUGGAUUCAUGAUUCAACCAACUUGAAUGGUUGCAGAAUCUGUUUAUAUGCAGAUUUUUUUUUUACUCCUAUGCCAUUCAUCUAAAUAUUGCUGGUAUUAGAGGAAGAAUCAUGUGCUGCAUGUGUUUUGGUACUUAAUGUUGAAAUUUUUUGACAGUUUAAUGCAGUCUGUGGAAUGAGGGAAACUGGCUAGGUUUAUUGAUUAAGGUUAAUUUAUGGUCUCCAGAUUUCAUAGAGAUUGAAUGGGUAAGGAGCCAGCUGGUGGUGCACCUGGUUGAGUGCACAUGCUACAAUGCACAAGGACACAGGUUAGAACAGUGAGUCCCCACCUGCAGGAGGAAAGCUUUGCAAAUGGUGAAGCAGUGCUGCAGGUGUCACUCUCUCUUUCCCUCUAUCUUCCCCUUUCUUGUUUCCUGACUGUCUCUAUCCAAUAAAGAUUUAAAUAAUAAUAAUA